CUUUCAGAUUAUCAUAUAACUGAAAUUAGACGCAGAUACCUUUGAGUAUUUAUUUAUAUUCAAAGGGUCCCCUUUCCACGUAUCUGGCGUUAUAUACAAACUGAACGCACACAGUCCAGGCCAACUACUCUCAGCUUUCCCAGAACAUCGUGCACAUCGUAUUCCUCUCCAUAAAUGGUCGUUAGAAUUAUUUUAUGAAGAAAAAAAUUGUACAACGACGCUAGCGCUGAGGAAAAGUAGAUUUCAAAGACCGUUUUAAAGACACGCCACACGUUUUUGUUCUAAUUAUUAGAGCCUGUAAAGUAGUUAGGGGAGAACCACGUGUUUCCUCUAAAGACGCCCUGCGCCUGCGUCACAGGGCGGGGUGGAAUUACCGGUAGAUAAGGGACUCCCGGCGGUUGUAAGUUGUUAAAAGGAAGGGAGCUUAUUACCCGCGCGUUGUUGCCCAAAGAACAUCCCCGGUAGAGGGUUUUGAAACAAGCAUUUGGACUUUUAGGAUAAGUUUGAGGUGAACUUCGAACGCGCAAUGGCUACGAAGAUAAACAUGGAGGAGGCGAAGGCGGCCAACGGGGAUGCGCACCUCGAGGAGCCUCUGGCCAACGGGCUGAGCCCCAGGAAGAGCAGCCCGGAGCCUCUGCUGGAGCGGGUCAAGAGGAUCGUGUGGGCCAACCUGCUCGUGAUCCUGACCGUGGCCGGGGUGAUCGUGGGGGUCUUUAUCGGACUCGGCGUGCGCAACGCGGAGCUGACCAGAACGCAGGUCAUUUACAUCGGGUUCCCAGGUGAGCUGCUCAUCCGGCUCCUGAAGAUGAUCAUCAUCCCCCUGGUGGUCUGCAGCCUGGUGUCCGGCGCGGCCAGCAUCGACCCCAAAGCCCUGGGCAAGCUGGGCGGCUGGGCCAUGCUGUUCUUCCUGGUCACCACCCUGAUCGCCUCAUCCAUCGGGGUGGUGAUGGCGUUCAUCAUCUCCCCGGGCUCGGUGACGGUCAGCAAGCCCACAAACCUGGACGAAACCGUGCCGGCUCACAAAGAAGUGAUCGACUCCUUCUUGGAUUUGAUAAGAAACAUUUUCCCCUCCAAUCUGGUCUCCGCUGCUUUUCAGUCGUAUGCCACCUCCUACAAAGACAUUAUUGUGAAGAACGCGACGGAUGGCAACCUAAGCGCCAUAUUGGAGAAGGUGCCCAUUGGAAAAGACCAGGAUGGCAUGAAUAUCCUGGGCCUGGUGGUGUUUGCCAUCGUGUUCGGUGUGGCUCUGAGGAAGCUGGGAGAGGAGGGCGAGAUCCUCAUCAAGUUCUUCAACUCUUUCAACGAGGCCACCAUGGUGCUGGUGUCCUGGAUCAUGUGGUACGCCCCGCUUGGUAUCAUGUUCCUGGUCGCCAGUAAGAUCGUGGAGAUGGAGGACGUUGGCACGCUGUUUGCCAGUCUUGGGAAAUACAUAGCCUGCUGCAUGAUUGGACACGCCAUCCACGGCUUAAUCGUGCUGCCGGGCAUCUACUUUAUCAUAACCAGAAAGAACCCCUACACCUUCCUGUGGGGGAUAUUCACAGCUCUGGCGACGGCCUUCGGAACGAGCUCCAGCUCUGCCACGCUGCCCCUCAUGAUGAAGUGCGUGGAGGAAAAUAACGGCGUGUCCAAGCACAUCAGCCGCUUCAUCCUGCCCAUCGGGGCGACGGUGAACAUGGACGGAGCCGCCCUCUUCCAGUGUGUCGCCGCCGUCUUCAUCGCUCAGCUGAACGACAAGUCGCUCAACUUCAUCCAGGUCAUCACCAUCCUCGUCACGGCGACGGCUUCCAGCGUGGGAGCGGCGGGCAUCCCGGCCGGAGGCGUGCUGACCCUGGCCAUCAUCCUGGAAGCGAUAGGCCUCCCCACCACCGACAUCUCCCUGAUCCUGGCUGUGGACUGGCUUGUCGACCGCACCUGCACGGUGCUGAACGUGGAGGGCGACGCCUACGGGGCGGGCCUGCUGCAGUUCUUCGUGGACCGCACGGCCCCGGGCGAGGGCGGCGCCGAGCUGAGCGAGGUCCGGCUGGACGGGGAGCUGUCGGCCGCCGCCCCCGAGCAGUCGCCGCUCAUCGAGAAGCGAGGCCGGCGGGACAGCGCCGACGGAGACCGGCCGCCCUACUCCGGCGAGAAAGAGUCGGCCAUGUAAAAAAAAAAAAAACCCGCUGACAUCAUCAGGCGCUCCCUCUUGAUUCGUUUGAUUCCCCCGGCAAGCUGAAACCUGAAGUUCAAGCCCACCCCCCCCUGCCCCCCCCCCUUUGCCUCGAGGGCAAGAAUAGAGGGAGGACCUGCACACUACAAUGCAAACGCUCCUGUACCUCAGCACCUUUUUUUAUUGGAGGGGGGGGAGAGACGGGGAGGGGGGUCAAAAUGGGAAAUUCACAACCAUGAUGUACAUGUGGAGUUUUGUUUUGUUGCUAGUGUGUGUGUGUAUGUGUGUUUGUGAGAGAGAGAGUG